UUCCUCCGUUCUCUUCCUAUAGAUUGUUUGGGUAUUGUCUACUACCGGAAAUCAAAGUCAGAGUUAGUAACUUGCUUCUUUCUUCAGCCACUAAUUUUCUGGUCCGAUCAAGAUGUGCUUGGAGAAGAAGGGAGAUAAUGUAUCACCAAGGUCAAGCCUUGGAUUGACUCGAAUUGCGGCUCCUUACUGGCUGGCCUCCAGUCUCUGCUUCGAACCGACCUCAUUGAUCGUCUUUUUAGGUUGCUCAAUCAGAAUUUUCUAGUUCGAUUGAGAUGUGUUUGGAGAAGUAGGGAGAUAAUGGCUAGAGCUUGGCUCAACAGAUUCCUGGAAGCUAAAGCUGUCAGUAUCAUCAAGGUCGAGGUUUAGAUUGACUCAAAUCGCGGCUCCUUACCGGCUGACCUCUAGUCUCUGCCUCAAACCAACCUCAUUGAUUGCCUCCUCAAGUGCUCAAUCAGGGGCACUAUUUGGCAUAAUAUUUGAAUGGCACUACUUUUGACAACAAAAGCAUUGUUGCAUAAGCACAUUAUCAGGAGCUAUUUGCAUGGAUUUGUGAUGGCUUAUGGUAUUCAGAAGACUGCCUUAAUUUCAUAUUGUGCAAGCAAAUUUUUAGUUGAGGAGAGUUUGAGAAUGUUUCCAGUCGUAGAUGUAUUCUGUAGUCAACGUCAGUUUGUGAAUUUUCAUCCUUUUUCUACUGGCACUCAGUCUGAAAGGAUAUCUUGGGGAGUUUCCUCACGUGCUCUUCUUUUGAGAAAGCUUGAAGUUUCUUUGGAACAUCACCAAGUAGACGAAGCGUGGUUGACUUUUAAUGACUUCAAAAGCUUGUAUGGUUUUCCUACAAGUUCUUUGGUGAAUAGGUUGAUCACUGAACUGUGCUACUCGUCUGACCCUCACUGGCUACAAAAAGCAUAUAAUUUAGUCUUUGGAAUUUUGAAAGAGAAAUCUGAAUUAUUUCAGACUGAAAUCUUAACAACUCUUUCACUGUGCUUAGCAAGAGCACAGAUGCCUAUUCCUGCCUCUAUGAUCCUAAGACUGAUGCUAGAGAAAGAGAAUAUGCCCUCUUUAAGUGUAUUUCAGAUUAUUCUUUUGCACAUGGUGAAGUCAAAGAUUGGGACAUAUCUUGCAUCCAAUAUCUUGAUUCAAGUUUGUGAUUGCUUAUUGUGUUUAAGGAAAAAUAAAAUUGAUCAUGCAAAGGUGAUAAGACCUAAUACCAUGAUCUUCAACCUAGUACUGGAUGCUUGUUUUAGAUUUAGGUCAUCUCUAAAAGGCCAAGAGAUACUGGAGUGGAUGGCACAAACUGGUGUUGUUGCUGAUGCACAAUCAAUCAUCAUUAUUGCCCAGAUCUAUGAAACAAAUGGUCUACGGGAUGAGAUAAAGAAAUUUAAAGAUCAUAUUGAUCGAGUAUCGUCACCUUUUGCUUGUUACUACCGGCAGUUCUAUGACUGCUUGUUGAACUUACACUUCAAGUUUGAUGACCUUGAUUCUGCCGCUGAACUUCUGUUAGAUAUGAAUAAAUUCAGGGUGUCUACUCCUAAUAAAAAUUCUACGAAGGACAUUCAAAAGCCUUACCUAGUUUCUAUUGGAUCUCAGAAUCUGAGGGCUGGGUUAAAGAUACAAAUUAUGCCAGAGCUGCUGCAGAAGGAUUCUGUUAUAAAACUGGAAGAUAAAAAAGAACUUGUAAUUUUUGAGAAUGGGAAGCUUCUCCUCAGCAAUAGGGCCUUAACAAAGCUUAUCCUUGGUUACAAGAGACAUGGGAGAAUGGCUGAGCUUCCAAAGGUGUUAGUGAGCAUGCAAAAGGACUUUCAGAAACUGGGAGGAUCCAAUUUAUGUUUUGAUGUGAUUGAUGCAUGCAUUCGUUUAGGUUGGCUGGAAACUGCUCAUGACAUUGUGGAUGACAUGGAAACAUCUGGAGUUCCUGUGGGCUUGAAUGCAUAUAUGGUACUCUUAAGAGCUUAUUAUAGUAGGGAUAUGUCCAGAGAAGCAGAGGGUCUACAAAGGCAAAUGAGGAAGGCUGGUAUAGUCACAAAUAUUCCUGGUGAAAUUGUUGCUUCCAAUGAUCUUUCAAAAACAGCAGAUAACACAUCAUCUUCUGUUAGUAAAUCAGAUCUGGCUGACUUCUUGGUUCAAGAAAUGAGAAAGGAGGAUGUGGUGAUUCCUCCUGUAGUUUAUGAGUUGAAUUCUUCUAUUUACUUCUUUUGCAAAGCCAAAAUGAUGGUGGAUGCUUUGAAGACAUAUCGAAGAAUGCAAGUGGUGGGUAUCCAACCCACAGAGCAAACUUUUGCCUAUCUGGCAUAUGGAUAUUCUUCUCUUGGAAGGUAUCGAGAUAUCACAGUCUUAUGGGGAGAUAUCAAGAGGAACAUGAAGAACAAAAGUAUGGCUGUGAGCAGGGACCUAUAUGAAACCUUGCUGAUGAACUUCCUUCAAGGUGGUUACUUUGAGAGAGUGAUGGAAGUUAUUAGUUAUAUGAAAGAGCAUAAUAUGCACAUGGACAAAGAAAUGUAUAAGAGUGAGUUCUUGAAGCUUCAUAAGAAUCUAUACAAGGGUGUAAAGGCAUCAACAGUGAGAAAUGAGGUUCAAAGAAAGAGGCUUGAGUUUGUUCAGACAUUUAGGAAAUGGGUUGGCAUUGAUUGAAGUUCAAUCAGAAGUUUGUAAAUACAUGAUUCAUUUGAAAAGCAAGGUUCUUUGACUUGUCAAUUCCCAGUUGGAAGAUUUGGCAUCACUAACGGUGUUCAUAUGUUUAAAUGCCUGACUGACCCAUGUUGAAUGCAAAAUCGAAGCUUAGACUUGUGGGUUUGGACUAAUUAAUUGUAUUUGGGCUGAAUUCAAUAUAAAGAGCCAACUUUUCAGGUUAAAUGAAUAUUCAUUAAUGAUACCACUAUUCUAAACCGAUUUUGCUUCUAAAGCCUAAAGUCUGUCUGUCAUCUCUCCUCACUACCCUAGCUCCACUCUCUUGCAAUCUCUUGCUAUCAUCUCUGUUGAUAGAAAGAAUUGCUCAUAAAUUGGCGUGUGAAAUCAGGGGUGCUUCAAGAUCAAAAGCAAAAAUCAAGAAUCCAAAGCGAAGAUUGCUCUCUAGCUUCAAAAAUCAACAAUCCAAGCGAUUUCCUCUGUUAUUAUUUUUAAGAGGUUGAGCACAUCACAUAGCAAUGAACUUCCACAGCUCCAUUAAGCUCUGCUUGUUUCAGUGUCAGUAUCAGCUCCAACUUUAGCUCCUGCAUUCAGAUAAAACAGGAGAACUAAAGAUGGUAAUUGCAACGGAGUUUAUUGGCUUUGUUGAGCUCAUUUUCUUAAAUCUGGAGCAAUCCAAAUUCCUUUGAAUUAAAUGGGCAGCAGGAAGGACAGCUGCCAACUAUUUUAGUUUUUAUGACAAGAAAUUUAAACUUUUAUUAUGAGGAGUUGGGCGUUAAUUUUUCAUUAAUUGUCGGUCGUUCCAUCCAUGUAGCCUUUAUGCCAUACUGAAGAGAGUUCAAGGGAAGUUUCAUCAUUACCAAGUAUGCUUCUUAUUAAUGUUGCCUUCUUCUGUUAAAGAAAGAUUAGGGUCACCCCAGUUAGAUCAGUUCUAAAAGAAGUGAAGAAAAGCCUUAAAACAACUGGAAUAACCAAGCCUGCAAUGGUCAUGCUAAAAGGCAAAUAGGUGACCCUUCGUAAGUGAAACCUGAGUAGCAUUUGCUAUGGUCUUAUCAGCUUGGACUUCAAAUCGAUUAUUUCUUCGCCAUACUUAUCAGCUUCUUCUCCAAUAGUUCUUUAUCUACUUCAAUUUGUAUGAUCCUCUGAGCGGUCUUCCUCAAGUUUGGAUAGUCUGUCUCUCAGAUCACUUCUCUAAGAUCACUUCGGAGUUGUUGGAAGGGGCGGGACUGGCUAAACCAAGAAUCGGCUGGCUGCCUGGUUCAAUAAUGAAGUUGGCUCGGUUUUUGAAAGAAGAGAAUGGAUUUUUUUGAAAAAAUCGGAUUUUUUUUUUUUUGACAACAAUAUGUUGCUGAUUCAAAGAAAAAGUUUUAUUAUUUUUAUAUGUAUUUGGUAUGGUUUGUGUGUUUGAGGAAAUUAAUUUGUGUGUUUAGAAGAACUUAUUUGAGCUGUCACCGUGGAUUGAAUAAUGUGAUUUGAAUUUAUGAGUGUUGGAUCAUUAUUCGAUUUGACCUGUGGUAUUAUUAGUUAAAAUUUUAUGUUA